AUGAACAUAGCACUCGCUGUACCUCCCAUCACCGUCGAGACGACGCAAUCCGUCGUUCCGAUCGAAGUCACAAGUGCAGCGAUCACUAGCUUCUUGUAUGGAAACGGCUUCUUGCUAUAUGCAAUUUCAACAUUUUUUCUGGCAAGUCGGUCUCGUCAGCCCACCAGGGUUGGGGUACGGGCGUUCUACUUGAGUUGGGAAUUUGGGGUUGGAACGGUUCUCUUUGCGAUCGUCACCGCUCACUGGAUUCUGACCGUGUUGCGCCUUCUCCGGCCCCUGCAAUCUGCAGACAUCGCACACUGGCAGCUCGUUCUGUCCUUUGUGGACGAGGCAUCCGGAACGCUUCCCGCGAAAGAGGCUCUAUCAUUCUCGGCUGGUUCCAUCUUGAACGCGGUGGUCCUGUACGUUGUCUGGGAUAGGGAAAAAAUGGUCAUCGUUUUCCCCAUACUAACAAUUUGCGGGUUCGCUGCCUUUGCAGUGGCGUGCAUUUAUUUCUUUACACAUUUGAAAGCUGACGGCGCGUUCUACAAUAACAUGUUUGCACAAAUGUUGACGUGGGCCGUUGUGCUCUCAUUCACAACGACAAUCUAUUGCACGCUUUUGAUUGUGUUCCGGGUAUGGAGAGUGACUAGGGAAUUGAAUUCGCAAUCGGGCAGUAUGCAAAGGCGUGCCGUGUAUGCCUUCGUCCAGAGCGUUGCGCUCAACGCACUGGCAAUGGCGUUCUGGAUCAUUUGCUUCUUCGUGCGAUCGUGGCUGUUUCUCAUCGCGGUUGACAUGUGGACCCAAAUGACUGCCAUUUCCUUUAUGCUGCUGGCCUUCCGCGUCGGUCUGGGGCGGCAACAAGACUUGGCCUGUGCUGUGCCGCCAGAGUCGCGGGGCGUCAUCUCGCAUGCUCAACCGGGUCGCAACGAUCUCAUCGCAUUAAGGAGAAUACGUGUGGUGGAGGGAGGAACUUAG